CAUCAAAUUCGUUCAUUCAAUUCAAUUAACAACACCAUUUGGAAUCCGACUCAUCUCGUAUCUUAUUCCAAUCCCGAAACCUAUACAUAUACAACUUCUUAUUACUUCCAUUCUAGUUCUACAUUCAUUCAUCUGUACGUAUAAUCAGACACUUCUUACUGGAUAUACCAUUACAUCAAGUUCGUUACUUUCUUUUCAGUUUUUAUUAUUUCAUUUAUUAUGUGUAAUGGAUCAAGUGACCUUAUAUAAUGCGGCCAAUUUAGAAUAAUUAGCUAGGGUUUCUUUUCCUUUUUCUCUCCUUUUCUUUUAAUUUUUUUUUUUUUAUUAUUAUUAUAUUGAGUAUGUGUGAUAUGAAGUUGAUAACAUGAACAAUGGAGCAACUGAAUCUAGUUACUACAACAGACCAAAAAUCGACGAAUUCCCCCAGUCACUUGCGAGAAUUGCGGUGGCUCAGAUAUGCGAAAGUGUAGGGUUGCACGGAAUUCAGCACUCUGCGCUUGAUACGUUGUCGGAUAUAGUCUGUAAGUAUGUUCAGGAGAUAGGCAAGACGUCGAAUUUAUAUGCUAAUUUAGCUGGUAGGACCGAGAGUAAUCUGGUUGAUUUAGUUCAAGGGUUGGAAGAGUUGGGAAUGACCCAGGGGUUUCUAGGUGCUGCUGAUUUAGAUCAUUGUUUGUCGGAGUCUGGGGUUGUUAAAGAGAUUACUCGUUAUGUUGCUGUUACUGAAGAAGUAGGAUUUGCCUUUUCGGUUCCUGACUUUCCUGUAGUUAAAGAACGGGAGUUGAGACCGAGUUUCUAUAAAGCUGGUGAGAUCCCCCCAGUGGAUAAUGUCCCACCUUGGUUACCGUGUUUUCCUGAUCCCGAAACCUAUAUUAGCACAGAUUUAGCCAUCAUAGAGCAAGAUGAAGCAAGAAAUGACGGGAUUGAGCAAGAUCAGAGGGACAAUUUGCCGCCAUUGUUGGAAACAGAACAACGUUUGUCAAGCAAUGAACUUUUAGUACCUGAACUGGGGUCUAAUGGUGUUAGUGAAAGAGAGCAAGUGAAUAACCCUUUUCUUGCAACUCCUUUAGAAUAUGGAGAGAAGGAGGUUUCUUUGGUUCCUCUCCCUGCUGGACUUUUGGAUGAAAAUUUGGUGCAAAAUCAUGGUCUAUGGCCAGAACAUGUAUUGGCUGUAGGGACAUCUGCUUCGCCUGUUAUAGGGUUUAAGAACAGGGAUGUUGAUAUUGAGGAAGGUGUUAAAGAGGCUGCUGUAGAGAGAAAGCCUGCUGUCCGAUUAGAGUUUCAUACGGUCAAGAAAUCCUUAGCUACUGAUAAUAGACGCAGCAAAGUAGGAAAUGCAGAAGUCUUGUAUUGUUUUGCCAAUGGCGACUUGAGGGUUGACAAGAAAAUGAAAAUAGGGAAAGCUGUGAAGGAGUCAUUGGAGAAUGGGAAGCAUAUUGAAAUGAUGCAGUUGUAAAUUAGGAAUGUUAGCAUAGUGCUUGUAUACUAGUUUGGAAUUCCGGCAGCAGGUGUUGGUUCCAGUGUAGUCGGUGUCGGAUGCAUAUGUCUGUUACAAGGGAAUCAUUCCCACUAACAUGUUUUUAGAGAUGGCAGAUAAAAUUUAAGAAAGCAGUAAAGAUUUCAUUGUCGUACCUGGAAGUAGUCUCUUCUGGUUUUGGCCAUGGCGGCGUCGUUGACCAAGAAGGUAACGCCUGUCAAAGAUCUGAAAAAGUCCACUCAUGCAUCCUAAUUGCUUCUGCAGUUCUUGUUUAUCAUCUUUUAAGGUAAGCACAACUUCUUUAGUAGACAUUUGCACUACCACCACCACUACUUAUUUUAUUUCUAUCAAUACUUGUAGAAGACCUUAUCAAAAAUAUCACUGAAAUGAUAUCGAAACAGCAAUCAUAUAUAAGAUGUUUUACUUCCA